AUGCCCCUCUCGUUCACCUUUGACCGCAAGCGUCUUCAAGCACUACAACCCACCAUUACGGCGGUGGCGGCCGCGGUGGCCAAGGACAAGAAGAAACGCGCGGCCAAGGCAUCCAUCGACCCGCACAAGCGCCCGCGCACCAACAAGAAGCCCGAAACACCUCAAGACAUGCGCAAGACCAACAAGGGCAAGAGCAAGAAAAAGCUGCAAAGCCCAAGACCACAAAGUCACCCGCCAAGCGACCCCGACGCGCCCGAGCCCGAGCCAAGAAAAGAAAAGACGAAGACCAAGCCCACCUCGCCCCACAUGUCCACCAACGCGAAUGAAGUCAACCCCUCUACGCGCGACGACGCUGCCGCCCCUCUCUUUGACCAAGAGCAAAGCUACAUGCCCAGCCACGACGAGACGUCGGCGUCGCUACAGCCCGGCGCAUACGUCAACGACGACACGAUCCAGCUCCUCAUCAAGUUGGCCAUCCAAAAGCACAGCGCUGGCGACGACACGGUUGGUUACAUCGCGCCGCAUCACUUCAAAGCCUACUCGGACGACGCCACCGAAUGGCUCACGCGGUUUACCUCCAACGACCGAUAG